AUGAAGGACCCUCAUCUGAGUGUGUGCGUGUGGAACUUCAUCCUCUGGUCAGGUGCAGAGCUUAGUCGACUGCUGAACAACAUCCGGUCUCACACACGGCACCGAAAACCUUACCGCUGCACGGCGUGCAGCAGGACGUUCACCCAGUUGUCCUCCCUGACGACGCAUGAGUUGAUCCACACGGGUGACAAGCGACAUAGCUGUGACAUCUGUGGGAAAAGGUUUAUCAUCAAAGGCUAUCUUCAGCAACACAUGAGAAGCCACACGCCGAUGCAUCCGAGAAAUCCGCAUGCGAGGCCAGCAUCACAGCGUAGGCCGGGCCCUGCGGUUAAGCCCAAAUCACACGCGUGCGGUCAGUGUGGUAAAGCCUUUUACCUGAGGGCCUCUCUCAGUCAGCACAUGGGCUUUAACUUGAACACUCACGUGCGUGUUCACACAGGCGAGAAACCUUAUGUUUGUCACGCCUGCGGGAAGGGAUUCUCCCAGGGAUCGCAUUUGAAUAUCACGUGCACACGGGGAUCAAGACGUUUGUGUGGGAGAAAUGUCAGAUGGCUGAGUGGUUAG